AGCCUGAAGCCGCACCUCUUCCCCAUCACCGUCCUGGGGCAGGUCAUCUGCUCCCUGGCCCAGGUCUUCAUCCUGGGCAUGCCCUCGCGCAUCGCCUCUGUCUGGUUCGGCUCCGGCGAGGUCUCCACCGCCUGCUCCAUCGCUGUCUUUGGGAACCAGCUCGGCAUCGCUGUAGGCUUUCUGGUCCCUCCAGUUCUGGUUCCCAAUGUGGAGGAUGUGGAGAAGCUGGCCUACCACAUCAGCAUCAUGUUCUUCAUGACUGCAGGCGUGGCAACAGCCCUAUUCAUCCUGGUUGUCAUAGUCUUCAAGGAGAAGCCCCCGCACCCUCCGAGCCGAGCUCAGGCCUUGAUCCAGUCAAGACCGACAGAGGAGUAUUCCUACGUGCAAUCAAUCCUCCGCUUGCUCCGCAAUGCCAACUUUUUGCUGCUUAUGGUCACUUAUGGUAAGGUCUGGCCUUUCUUCUGCGCAGUUAUCACUUUGUUGAAAUCUCUUCUCCCUUCUCACUUUGAAGGGGAGGAGGUGAAUGCUGGCAGGAUUGGACUCACCAUUAUACUGUCGGGGAUGGCCGGGGCUCUGAUCUCCGGCAUCUGGUUGGACAGAACCAAAACCUACAAACAGACAACACUAGUCGUCUAUAUCAUGUCUCUGGUGGGAAUGAUAGCCUACACCUUCACUUUGAGCCUAGGCCACCUCUGGGUGGUUUUUGUGACUGCGGGCAUGCUGGGGUUUUUCAUGACAGGAUACCUUCCACUGGGCUUUGAGUUUGCUGCAGAGUUGACAUACCCAGAAUCAGAAGGAACAUCGUCAGGGCUCCUUAAUGUCGCAGCACAGAUUUUUGGUAUUGCCUUCACCAUUGGCCAAGGGCAAAUCAUGGAUCGCUUUGGGACGAAGGCAGGAAACCUCUUUCUUUGUUCCUUCCUGCUUCUGGGGACCAUUAUGACAGCAUUCAUUAAGGCUGAUCUCCGAAGACAGCAGGCCAAUUUGGAUAAUGAACAGACAAGACUCCAAGGCAGCAAUCAGAUCAUGGAUUACGGGACUGUAGCUUGUAACCCUAACCCCAUCAAUUCCCAUUCCGGCUCACUAGCUCAUACACAAAGGUAG